AUGAAGAAACUUGAUACGGAAAGUGUGACUUAUAGAUUAAUACUUGUUUUCUUCUGGAUUGUUAACGUCUAUACACUUAUUCGUGGAUUGGUUUGGUUUAUUUUUGGAAUUGCCUACUUUACAAGAUCAGAGAGAAAAACUCCCUUCAAUACAACCACUUUUUCCCUGUUCUUGAUUAUUGGUAUGUUCAGCAUCUUCAUAUCAUUUUGUGGUUAUGUUUUCGCCUGUACUAAGAACAAGGUUCUAGCAUAUGUGUUCAUGGGAGUUAUGCUAACGCUGACGGUAGUCGAAGUGAGCUUGGGCAUCUCUUUGGUUGCUGUUUUAAUAUACGAAGGAGGAAUUUUAAUCGUUCAGAUCAUACCCGGUCUAAUGGCUGUCAUCUUUGCCUUCUUCCUUAUUACGGCUAUAACACAUGAUGAACCAAUCGAGUGA